AUUUAACAUCCAAGAUGGCGAUGUCGUCCAAUCUUGGCAAAAGUGGAAACAAAUAUUCAAUAACUACAUGAUAGCUAUGCAGUUCGACACAUGCUCGGAUGAAAGAAAAAUUGCCAUUCUACUACAUUCUAUGGGGCCUGGGUUGUUUACCCUAUGAGUGUCAUUUGACUGUCUUACCUGAUGUACAACCAAAGAUUGAUGCUCAACGUAGAAUUCCAUUUGCAUUGCAAGACAGAUUGAAAGAAGAGCUGGACAGGAUGACAAGACUGAAUGUUAUAGAGAAAGUGUCAAAACCUACUAAAUGGGUUAGUUCUAUUGUUAUUGUAGAAAAAUCUAAUAAUAAACUUCGAAUUUGUUUAGACCCUAGAAACCUGAAUGAGGCAAUACAAAGAUCACAUUUUCCUUUGCCAACUAUUGAAGAUAUAAGAUCAAAAUUACAUGGGGCUAAAAUAUUUUCACACCUGGAUGCUUUUGCUGGGUUUUGGAUGAUACCUCUUGAUUCUGAGAGUUCAGACCUUUGCACUUUUAACACGCCACUAGGUCGAUACAAAUUCAAAAGAUUACCAUUUGGUCUUAAUUGUUCAACUGAAAUAUUUAGUAAAACACUUGUAGAAGCAUUCUCAGACAUACCGGGUGUAAUUAUAUACAUUGAUGAUAUAUUGGUUUAUAGUACUGAUGAGGCCUCACAUGUAGCAACUUUACAAAAAGUAUUCAAUCGAGCAGAAUCUAUAAAUCUUAAAUUUCAAAAAGAGAAAUGUGUCUUUCAACAAAAUGAAAUAAAAUUCUUAGGACAAAUAUUUAGUGCUGAAGGUAUGCGCCCUGAUUAUGACAAAAUCAAAGCCAUUUGUGAAAUGCCUACUCCAAAUUGUCAAAAAAGUUUACAAAGAUUUCUAGGCAUGAUAAAUUUUUUAGGUACCUACAUCAAAAAUCUUUCUACAGAGACAGAGAUAUUUAGAAAUCUUUUAAAAAAAGACUCAAUGUGGUUAUGGGAUGAAAACCAUAAUAAAGCCUUUCAAAGACUUAAAGAUUUAAUCACAAAAUCACCUAUCUUAUGUCAUUAUGAUAAUACAAAACCACUAACUUUAAGUGUAGAUGCGUCACAAUCAGCAUUAGGUGCAGUUCUGUUACAAUGUAAUAAACCUAUAGCCUAUGCAUCAAAAACUCUUACAGACUGUCAGAAAAGAUAUGCUCAAAUAGAAAAGGAGUUGUUUGCAAUAUUGUUCGGUUGUCAAAAAUUUCAUCAGUAUGUCUAUGGCAGAAAAAUUAAUGUAGAGACUGAUCACAAACCUUUAAUUACUCUCUUUAAGAAACCUCUAAGUCAAGUACCCAAUAGACUUCAAAGAAUGAUGCUAUCACUACAAGUAUAUGAUCUCAAUGUAACAUAUGUUCAAGGUUCAAAAUUAUACAUUUCAGACACAUUAUCUAGAGCUGCUUUAUUGGAGUCUGAAGAACAUAGUAUAGAUAAUGACAUUGCAAUACAUGCAAAUAUGUUCAUAUCUUCUCUUUCAGUUUCUGAAGAGAGACUCCAAAUUUAUAAAAAAGAAACUCUUAAUGAUUCUACACUACAAAAGUUACUAAAAUAUUUUAUAGAAGGUUGGCCAAUUCAUAAAAAUAAAACAGAACUUUGUGUUAGACAAUAUUGGAAUUAUCGAUCUGAAAUACAUGUUAUUGAUGGACUAGUAUUUAAAAAUACUAGUCUUAUUAUUCCUACAUCACUCCGUAAAGAAAUGUUACAAAAAGUUCAUGCAGGUCAUUUGGGUAUAAGCAGAAGUAAAAACUUAGUUCGUGGUGUAAUUUUUUGGCCCAAUAUGAACACAGACAUAGAGCAAGUCAUAGAAAAUUGUCAAAUUUGUUCAAAAUUCAGACAUAAUAAUUCUCAUGAACCAUUAAUUGUAAGUGAAAUACCUAAAUAUCCAUGGGAGAAAGUUGGAGGAGAUUUAUUACAAUAUAAAGACAAAAAGUAUCUAGUUGUGAUUGAUUAUUAUUCAAAAUAUAUAGAAUUAGCUUUGUUAAAUACUGGAUCUUCAGCAAAACAUGUCAUUUUACAUUUUAAAUCGAUAUUUGCUCGCCAUGGUAUUCCCUUAAAACUAUUUACAGACAAUGGACCUCCAUUUGAUUCAAUGGAAUUUAAAGAAUUUUGUACAAAUUGGGAUAUAAGUCAUAGUACGUCGAGUCCUAAUUUUCCACAAUCUAAUGGACAAGUAGAGUCAGCUGUCAAGAUUGUAAAAAAUAUUUUACGCAAGUCAGAUGAAGAGAAUGUAGAUCCAUAUUUAGCACUUUUGCACUAUCGUUCUAAUGCAAAAGAAUACAUGAAGUCUCCUGCGGAAAUGCUAAUGUCAAGAAAGUUGAGGUAUAAUUUACCAAUAAAGAUGAAAUUACUGAAACCUAAAACAGUGAGAUUCAAAGAUAUUGAAGAAAAAUUAAGGAAGCACAAAGAAAACUAUAAAAAAUAUUAUGAUAAACGCACAAGAGAAUUAACUCCAUUGAAUAAGGGUGAUCACAUAUGGUAUAAGAAAACUCCAAAUAGUAAUUGGUCGCCAGGUAUAGUCAUAGACAUAAAAAAAUUGUCAGAUGAAACCAAUUUGUUAACAAAUAAAUAUUCUAGUCUACCUAUUCCUAUGUCAAGUCAGGUUUCUGGGUCAGAACAAAAUCAUUCAACACAGUCACAUAAUGGUACAUUGUCUCGGUCAAGUCAAAGCUAUGUUCAAGAACCUGAUCACAGCACAUCAGUAACAGUCUUGCCAUCUGAGUGCCAAAAUGAUACAGUAAAUGAUGUCUCUAACAACUCACAAAUCCAGUCGAAUGGUACUCUUAAUGUUAAUAAUAAAUCACUGUCUUGUAAUGUUGAUGGUAAUCCCACUAUGAGAACAAGGUCUGGACGUGUUGUCCGACCACCUGUUAAACUUGAUUGUUAA